AUGGCAGUAUCGCAAAUUUCAGAAAAUAUGCUCAUGUUACAACCAGAAUCUGUAUCUUUACAGACAGAAUUAGACAAAAAUAAUGAAAAACAUUCAUCAAGUACUGAACUUGUGCUCAUUCGAAAAAGAUACACUAUGUGGAUUCUCUCUCUACUUAUUAGCUCUAUGUUUAAUGCGAUUGUUAUCGGUUAUUUCCUUUCUCGUAAUUACAAUUCGAUGUAUGUAUCGGAUAAUUUCUUAUGGACCUUUCGUGUUACCAUGUAUAUCACACGAAUCACCAUUUCAAUCUUAUAUAUGAUCAAUUUGCUUAAUAUUAUCAUCAAACGGAUUCGAUUCAGUAUUUUAAUGUUUCGAUGGCUAAUGGUUGCUGAAAAUAUUACCACUUCGGUUUUUUUUCUGUCCGUGCUGAUUUAUGGACGCUUACAUGAUAUUUCUCCGCAAUGGAUUAUCGUUAUGGUUAUUUUAGCACUAGUGUACUAUAUUAUUUCAGUUUUAAUAAUUCUUAACACGAAGACGGCGUAUCGCACCGUAAAAGCACUUGGGACAUCGAUGCAUAUCAAAAUAGUUUUCAAACGUGAUCCAGCUCCAGAUACUCUUUGA